GUCGGGGCGCUUCUGCUCUUCAGCCGCUGUGCACUGAGUCCAGAGGCAACGAGGAGAGUCCCCUCGACGCUCGGUCCCGAAAACGUGAUCAGGACCACCGGCUCAAAGCAGAGGCAGCUGCGUAGUCUAGCGGAAGCUGGUGGUAGGGGAGUGCGGCCGAAGUCUGAGCUCUGCAGGCGGGAAGCACCCGGGAUAGGGGAAGCCCCAGGAGCAGCGGAGCUGCGCCUCCCUUACCCGAGGGGCCGCGGCGACGGUCACGGGGCGAGGCGCCACAGCGCGCGACCCAGGCCGGUAUUGCAAACAGGCUGCCCAGGCUCCUCCUCCACCCGGGCCGCCUACCUGCGGACAGCGCUACGCCGCCUCUGCCGGUGUUGAAGGCACCUGCGCCGCCUUGCUCUCCGGUCUCCGCCCCUCGCCCCUCAGCGCCAGGCCCGGGCGGCGCACCUGGACGCGCGGGGCUGCGGGAGCCAGGGUUCGGGGCGCGCGGCGUCCUCGCGAGGACGCAGGUGGAGCGGGCGCGACUUCGUGGAAUCCGGCGCCGGCCGCUGCAGUCGUCCGGGUCUCUCCGGGUCCCGGGAACCUGGCCGUCUGCGCCCGCUCCUGGGGAGGAGCCGCCGCCGGCUGGGCACCAUGAACAGCAGCAGCUCUCACAUCACCUACGCCAGUCGCAAGCGGCGGAAGCCGGUGCAGAAAACUGUCAAGCCAAUCCCACCUGAAGGAAUCAAGUCAAAUCCUUCCAAGCGACAUAGAGACCGACUUAAUACAGAGUUGGACCGUUUGGCUAGCCUGCUGCCUUUUCCACAAGAUGUUAUUAAUAAGCUGGACAAACUUUCAGUUCUCAGGCUCAGUGUCAGUUACCUAAGAGCCAAGAGCUUCUUUGAUGUUGCAUUACAGGCCUCCCCAGCUGACAGAAAUGGAGUUCAGGAAAACUGUAGAACAAAAUUCAGAGAAGGCCUGAGUCUGCAAGAAGGAGAAUUCUUGUUACAGGCUCUGAAUGGCUUUGUGCUGGUUGUCACUACAGAUGCUUUGGUCUUUUAUGCUUCUUCUACUAUACAAGAUUACUUAGGGUUCCAGCAGUCUGAUGUCAUACACCAGAGUGUGUAUGAACUUAUUCACACUGAAGAUCGGCCUGAAUUUCAGCGUCAGCUGCACUGGACAUUAAACCCUACGCAGUGUACAGACUCUGGACAAAGAAUUGAUGAAGCUAAUGGCCUCCCGCAGCCAGCAGUCUGUUAUAACCCAGACCAGCUUCCUCCAGAAAACUCUUCCUUUAUGGAGAGGAGCUUCGUGUGCCGACUAAGGUGUCUCCUGGAUAAUUCAUCCGGUUUCCUGGCAAUGAAUUUCCAGGGGAGGUUAAAGUAUCUUCACGGACAGAACAAGAAAGGCAAAGAUGGGUCAAUCCUUCCACCUCAGUUGGCUUUGUUUGCAAUAGCUACUCCACUGCAGCCACCCUCCAUACUUGAAAUUCGAACCAAAAACUUCAUCUUUAGAACCAAACACAAAUUGGACUUUACACCUACUGGUUGUGAUGCCAAAGGAAAACUUGUUUUAGGCUACACUGAAGCAGAGUUGUGCAUGAGAGGAUCAGGAUAUCAAUUUAUUCAUGCUGCUGAUAUGCUUUAUUGUGCAGAGUACCAUAUCCGGAUGAUUAAGACUGGAGAAAGUGGCAUGAUAGUAUUCAGGCUUCUCACCAAAGACAAUCGAUGGACCUGGGUUCAGUCUAAUGCACGCUUAGUGUAUAAAAAUGGAAGACCAGAUUAUAUCAUUGCAACUCAGAGACCACUGACAGAUGAAGAAGGAACAGAGCAUUUACGAAAACGAACUAUGAAGUUGCCUUUUAUGUUUACUUCUGGAGAAGCUGUGUUAUACCAGGUAAAUAACCCUUUUCCUCCCAUGAUGGAUCCCUUACCAGUGAGGACUAAAACUACUGCUUGUGGAAGAGAGUCUGCUACCACAUCAACUCUAAAUAAGGAAUCUUUCAAUCCCAAUUCCCUCCUGGGUGCCAUGAUGCAACAAGAUGAGUCUAUUUAUCUCUAUCCUGCUUCCAGUAACACAGCUUUUGAAAGAAAUCUUUUUAACGAACCUAUGAAUGAAUGCAGUAAUUGGCAAGACAGUAUGGCACCAGUGGGAAAUAACAGUAUCCUGAAACAUGAGCAAAUAGGUCAGUCUCAGGAUAUGAACUCAGCAAUCUCUGGAGGUCAAUCAGGGCCCUUUGCAGACAACAGAAAUAGUGACUUGUACAGCAUUAUGAAACACCUAGGCAUUGAUUUUGAAGAUAUCAAAGACAUGCAACAGAAUGAGGAAUUUUUCAGAACUGACUUUUCUGGUGAGGAUGACUUCAGAGAUAUUGACCUCACAGAUGAAAUCCUGACCUAUGUCCAAGAUUCUUUAAGCAAGCCUGCCUUCCAGUGUCCCGGUUACCAGCAGCAACAGGCCGUGGCUGUGAACUCAAGUUGUAUGGUACAGGAGCACCUGCAGCUAGAACAGCAGCAGCAGCAGCAGCAGCAGCUGCGGCUGCAGCACCAGCAAAACCUCGUAGCAUCGGAGCAGCAGCAACAACUGUGUCAGAAAAUGCAGCAUAUGCAAGUUAAUGGCAUGUUUGCCAAUUGGAGCGCUAACCAGUCUGUGCCUUUUGGUUGUCCGCAGCAAGAGCUACAGCAGUAUAAUGUCCUUUCAGACUUACCUGGGACCAGUCAAGAGUGUCCCUACAAAUCUGAGACGGAUGCUAUGCCUUAUACACACAACUUUAUCCCCUGUGAUCAGUCUGUGCUGCCACAACAUUCCCAGGGGCCACAGUUAGACUUUCCCUUAGGGAACUUCGAACCAUCCCCGUACCCUACUACUUCUAAUUUAGAAGAUUUUUUCACGUGUUUACAAGCUCCUGAGAACCAAACACACGGACUUACUCCAGAGCCGCCCAUAGUAACUCCUCAGACGUGUUAUGCCGGGGCUGUGUCCAUGUACCAGUGCCAGCCGGAACCUCCUCACGGCCACGAGGCCCAGAUGCAGUACAAUCCAACAAUGCCGGACCCACAGGCAUUUUUAAACAAGUUUCAGAAUGGAGGAGUUUUAAAUGAAACCUAUCCAGCUGAAUUAAAUAAUAUAAAUAGCACUCAGACUCCCACACACCUUCAGCCCCUUCAUCACAUGUCAGAAGCCAGACCUUUCCCCGAUUUGACAUCCAGUGGAUUCCUGUAAUGCCAAGCCCAUUUUUCACCAUGGAUUAAAGAAGAUUACAGAAUAAUAGAACUAUCAGUGUUGGACAUCAGCAACUUUACAUGGAGGCAUUGAUGUAUGUUGUUCGCACUAUUAUUCCAAACCAAAUUUUAAUGUUUUUAAGAGUUAAAAAAAAUUACCAAAACUACAUAUACUAUAGUCAUUAAAAAAGAAAGUGUACUGCCAGAGAGAGGGAGAUGCUAUCUUUAUUUCACUUUAUAGUCUGAGUAGUAGAGAAUAUACAAAAUUCAUUCAGGGGAACUUUAUGACACUUUUAAAUAAAAAAUUUCUGUCAGAAAGAAAUGGAAUACUUUUGAGUUUUCAACUUAUCUAUUCUUAUUAGUACACCAAAUAACAAACUAUUUCCUUUUAUCUUCUUUUAUCUCAGAUGUUAAAAUAAGUGGUUUGGUGCUUUUAUAAAAAGAUAAUCUCAGUGCUUUCCUCCUUUGUUGUGUAAGUGCCUCACAAUUUUUUAUAACACUGUAGGAUGUAUAUUUGAUAGAAAGUAAACUUUUUAAUAACUUUCUGCACACAAAUAUUAUUUGUAUUUCUUAAAUUCAGUCAUUUGUAUUAGUCCAGGCAUGUUUUAACUGCACUACUCACCCACUUUCUUCAGGAAAAGGGCAAGUUAUGAUAGAAAAAAUAUUUAUUACCUAGUUGCUUCUACGUAUUAAAUGUUGCUAUGUGCCUUACGUUGAAAAAUUUUGAAAGUAAAAUGUCUUUCCAAAUUAUUUUUUGAUCAAAUAAAGACUGCAGCACUAAAAUGUCAACAGUGUUUUCGGGAGAAAGAGAUACACUGCAACUUACCUUUACUGAAAUCUCCACCAUGGUGGUUCAGUGUUGCAGGUGUGCAAAGAUCUGCUUGAAUGGGACCGUGUUUAUCAACUUGCAACGAGGAGGAAGUAGCUUUAUUUCUAGCUCUUUAAUCACCAUUUCACUGUGUAUGAAUUCUUUAAAAACUACUUUAGACCUAGAAUGAACUUUAAGGUAGAAUGUGUUGACUUUAUAACUUUCACUUACUAGUACAGUGGAAACUAUUUGUUUUUUCUCAUAUUUGAGGAGCGUGAAGUUUGAACGUGGCAAUGUUUGAUGCAAAGUAUUAUGAGUGACACGAUUGGUGCAUUUAUAUAGUUUAUAAUGAACAAAAUUAUAUUUAAAGUAUUUUCAAGCUUUCAUUUGAAAAUAGUCUAUACCUUAUAUAUGCACGUAAUUUGAGUCUUACAUAUAGUCUUGCGUCUUUUCAAAAUAUCAAAUAAUGAAUCCAACUGCUUUUACUUUGGUCUUAAGACACCCAUGCCAUUCUCUUAACUUCAAACAGUACAUUGUUUCUAGGAUACAAUGGCCUUUAUUACUGGUAAGGCAAAUGAUCCCCCCGCUAACUCUACUGUCCUCAGGUAAUUUUUAAAAAAGACUCAUUUAUUUAAAUGUGACAUCUGAAGGGCAGGCACAUUUUUCAUGUAUUCUAUAAAAAACAUGAUGGAAUCUUAAACCAAGGUAUAGUAUUAAAAUGCACUAUUUUCACUUAUUUUUUUUUUAGUAAAUUAAUGUAUAUCAAAGUGGCUUCAGAAAAAAUAUGUCAGUUCUAUGAAUUUUCAGUUCAUUCUUUGAAUCCAUAGAAUCAAUUUAAGGAAAAAAACCAAUUUGUCUAAAACAUUUCAUAAUUUGUUUCCAGUAUGAGGUAUCACUAAAGGUUUAGACCAGUGGUCUGGCUUAAUAUUCCAUUUUUACAUUUAAACUUUUCAGUAAAAGCCUUCACAAUAACCAUUUUUGUUAGUGUCUUCCACAUGCCGUUGGGUGAAUUAUUUAGUGGAAAAAUAGGCUUUUUAAAGUGUGACUAGGAUGACAGUUCUACACUUACAAAAUUAAAAACUUUUAAAGCAAUAUUGUAUAUUUUUAUCUACAUAAAAUAAAAUGUAUCUAAGAAUAAUAAAAUCACAUUAAACCAAAUACACAUUUGUCUGUAUUGCUAAGUGCCAAACAGAGAAUGCUCCGUGUGCUGGUCUAAUGAGGGACUCAUUUCUUAGAUAAUGUGCACUUCUGAGUAUGUGGGUAUGUCUAAUUUGAAUUUUUCCUAAACCAAGUUGUUCUUCCGGUACCAGGAGAUUUGCCUGUGUUCCAGUGUAUGAGGAAGCUUUCAUUCAUUACUCUGCACCAACUAGUGUUUUUCAGUAUUACUAAAUUUUUGGUAGAUGUUUUCAUGACUUUUUUCUUCAAAAUAUUACUGCAUACCUAUGUCAUACAUAUUUUGUUCAAAAUAUGAUUUAUAAUAUCCUUAUCAAACAAAAUUGUAUACAAUAAUAUAUGGUAAUAAAAUGAAGUAUAAAUUACAUGUUUUAAUGUAAAUUCUUUCUGGUUCAUAUAGAGGAAAAGAGCAUGUUUAGUACAGUGUUUUAACGAUAUUAAAGGCAAUCUAUAAUAUUGAAGGAGACACGAAGCAAUAAUUUAUGAAAUUCUGCCCAUGGAUAUUUUAACCUUUACAUGGAUAUAAAAAAGGCUCUUCAAGUAACGUCGCAGAUUAAAAUGCUUCUGAAAUGGAGUACUCUUUUAAACUUUGUAUUGGUGUUACAGAUGUAGUGGUGUUAGUGUCUCAGAUUAAAUUUUAAAACUCCGCUUUUAAUACUAUUUGAUGAGUUUUUAAAACAACUCAUGUUGUAUUUUGUUCUCAGAUUAGAAAAAUUAUUGCUUAAGCCUAUCCUCUAACAAAUAUAAAUGAUACGUUACGCCUUUGGCAUUAAACUCAGGAAAACAUUCACUAAGAAUGUUGCAAUUAGAAUUAUUUGAAGAAAAAAAUCCUAAAACAACAGUUUUCAUUCUAUUAACUUUUUUUACAUUAGUCUUAUGUUUAGCCAUUACAAUCAUUAGAUAUUUCUUCUCAACGCUCGACAUAUAAGCAUGGCAAGUGACCAACACCAUACUUAAUUUUGACAUUUUAGAAAUACUGUGUCUUUUGUCUAAGAGUUCCAUAUUCAGUUUUAACCAUUUGAUCUGAAAACAUCAAGUAAAAAAAUCGAGAUCAUGAUAAUUGUCUUUGCUUUCACUCCAGUGGCUUCGAUCAGCAGGACUGACUUCCAGUUGUGCCCCUUCACGGAGCCUGUCAAAUACCAGUGGUGGUAGUUACUCACAGGACUGGAUACUACUCUCAUGUUUGCCUCCCAGUGUCCGCGGAUGACCUUGCUUCUAGUGUUACUAAUACAAUUGAAAUCAUCAGAAACCUGUAACGCAUCCUUAGUGUGUCUGUACCUUGACCUCAACAGUGCCACUACCCUUGAUCUCUUAGGCUCACCUACAGUAUGUGAGGAGAGCUUCCCCUAACUUCCAGAUGAAUACCCUGCCUUUCCAAGUCUGGUGCACAUAGUGUCUACAUUGCCCCUGUCCAGUCUUUGUUCUAUAAACUUCUCUCUGUGCUGCUUCUCCCUCCAGCCUGGAAAAUACUUACUUGACCCUGCAUCCUUUUCUUACUAAAUUCUUUACCUCCUUUCUCUAAAAUAAUUUUUUAUCUCCCAAAAUCUUGUUUUAUUUUUCAUCUUUCUAUUAAAAUGCUUUAUGGACGUUCACUUAACUUCCUUCCCACCAGAGGCUAAUUCUCUAUCCCUGCAGGCCAAAUUGUACCAUUUGUACCAUCGGUGAACUUUUUUCUUCCCUUAGCUUCCGUGACAUCCAUUGUCCUGAAACCUUCUAUCAGUCCUUGUCUUUCCUGUGUUAGCUACUCUCCCUUCUUCCACCUGGUAACAGACUUGGUUCUGACAUUUUGUCUUUUUUUUUUUUUUCUAUAUACUGUACCUUUGGAAGCUCAUCCAUUCUGCAACUCCUGCCUUUAUGAUGAACUGCUGCAAAACCUGUUCUCUCUUAUCUUACCUCUGCUAAUCACUGACUGACAUUGUGGAACAUCUUCUCCCUCUGAGAGCAUAGCAAAGCUUAGCACACAGACUCUGGAGUAUGAUUCCUGGCUUUGUACAUAUAUGAUAUGAAUCAUUGGGAAGAUCUCUUACUCUGAGUCAUAGUUUCUACAAAAUAAGGAUAACCAUAAUACCUGCCUCACUGGAUUGUUGGAGGAUUCAAUAAAUGAUUUAUGAUAAACUACUUAGUUCCCAAUGGCCAAAACUGGAACAAUUUGAAUAACAUAACAACAGCAUUGGAUUAAAACCCAAAGAAUAAAAUAAAUAUUCUGAGUCCAUCCUGAUCUAUAUAAAUGAUUAAACACAUAAAUGAGCAAGAAGGGGUAAAUUUUCUUUACAGAAGAAUCCUAAGUGUUUGUAGAUACUACAUUCUCCCAAUAGAUGGAGCUUAGUACCCCUUCCUUUUGAAUGUGGGCCGAACUUAGUAACUUGCUUCCCAAGAACAGAGUCCAGAAAAGGGAAAAAAAAAAAAAACAAAAA